AACACCGUUCGGACUCCGCCGUAUUUCCUCCUCCCCUCCUGCAUUCAACGUCGUCCAGCUGCAGUGACAAAAUACAAUCCUUCAACUAACCACCAUGAUUGACGCUGUGGUAAACCGCCCAAACCACGUUCCGGAGAGGCAGCGGGCCUACCAGGCUUCACACUCGCCCAUUUACUAUCGUCCACCCCGUUCAAGACUGUACCUUGGUACUUACUUCACUAUCUUUGGUGUGGGUAUGUGUGGAACCGUGUACGGUAUCUACCAGCUUACCAUGGGGAAGCCCGCCAGGGAGUAAUCUCGCAGAUAGAUAUUCUAUUCUGUCCCCGUCAGCAAAUGCUUAAUACCUAGAUUCACGAUAUAAGCAUCUACUCUGCACGAAAUCUUGCCAUUGUCCCGACAC